AUGAUUUCAUCCAUGAAAGACCAUGACUGGCCUGAAGAUCGCGUCGACAUGCACAUUCAGUUCUGGUCAGCCUUGCAGACCCACCGCUGGCGUCAUGCAGCAGACCCGCUCAAGCAGCGUGCACUCCUCCUGUACCAAGCACAGCAGCGCCGCAGAUGGCAUCUAACUGCUGGUACAGUGCGAGGAUGGAGCUUAGAAAAGAUCAAUCAAGACUUGCUCCUCGAAGCGAGAGAAGAACUAUUCAAUGAACAGCACGAGAAACUAACCAUCAUAGCAAUACAGGAACCUCAUCCUGCAACAACAGUACACGCGGCCAUCACGUGCCUACAGAAAUACUUCCAAUGUAUUACCAAAAAACUGCGAAAACUCGCGUGUUCUUACACGAACCACUCUUUACACUGUGCGCCAUACCCUCGGGCUGUCGUAGCAAGCAGCAGCCAACUACGUCACUCGCACGCCAGAGUUGCAACGGCCCCAGCAGCCGACCGCACCCCAAAAAUGCCCGCUACCCCUGGCAGUGGAAUCAGCAGGGAAUAA